GUUUCUUGUUUUACGGUAUUAAUUCUUGCUUGAAAUUAUCUCGAAAAAAUACCUAUUCGAUAUCAUCUCAAGGUUGAAUAUACGGUGCACACAUCGGUGAAAUAUGGGCGAUUCUCGCGAAACUUUGUCAUUAGAACGCCGUCGUACGUGUCCGCGUAACUGAUCAAUAACGCGUUCGAUUAUUUAGAUUUUCGACUUUCAACUCACAGUUGUGUAAACGUAGGACGUCCUACACGUAUGUUCGUUAGUGUAAUUUACAAAGGUCGAGUAUGUAGUUCAAGUUAUGAAAAACUCCGUUUACUCGCGUUAGAUCCGGAAGAAAGCCUUAAUGAACGUUGAUAUACAUAUACGUACGAACUUACGUUCGUUUUAGAUCCAGCUGAUUGUAGAUUUAUAUUCGAUGAAAUCAAACAAGUGCGACCGCAUAAUUACAUCGCGAUAAUCACACCCACUUCACUUCAGUAGCACGUUUUGUGCCGAUGGGACAGGUAGUGCGAAAUGAUUUACGAUUAGUGGCACGUAGUUGUUAUCUCAUUCGAUGAAAAGUGAUAUCUGGUAUUUUUAGGGCUUACAGUGCUUUAUAUUUCACACUCGUCCCAAUCAUUAUAUCGAAAUCAACUGCCCCCUUCCAUGUGAUCCGAUAAAGUGAGCUUUUUUUUACCUCCGUCCGUUCGAUUCUUAUUACGAAAAGACGACCGGUGAUGUCAGUGCGCUCCACUUGAACUGAUCGGUGCAUUAGUGAAGUUACCGAACUCAACAUCAUGCCGCACUUCGUUUUUUGGACCGUGAUCACCUUGUCGGUGAUCCUCAACGUAAAACCCAUGAAAACUGCUACCGUCAACCGUGCAGCUGGUGACGAUCUAAAUCUGCACAUCGUUCACACGAACGACAUGCAUGCCAGAUUUGAACAGACCUCGAGACUUUCGGGAACAUGCACCGAGGCAGAGGCAGCGAGCAACUCUUGUUACGGAGGUUUUGCUCGGGUCGCGACAAUGAUCAGAGAGGCCCGAAACGGAAGUACCCCGGUAUUAUUUUUGAACGCUGGUGACACUUAUCAGGGGACAGUUUGGUUCACAGUCUACAAAUGGAGAAUCGUUGCCGAGUUCCUCAGCCUACUGGAACCGGAUGCAAUCUCUCUGGGAAACCACGAAUUCGAUAACGGGGUUGAUGGACUGAUACCCUUCAUUGAAAACGUCACAUUUCCGGUACUUGCGUCGAAUUUAAAUUUGACGAACGAACCGUUGCUCGCGGCUACCGAUCUGAAGAAAAGCACGGUGAUCGAGGUUGACGGUGUAAAAGUCGGUGUGAUCGGAUAUUUGACACCGGAAACUAAGCUCAUUGCAAACACAGGAAAAGUAAUAUUUGAAGACGAAGUUGAAGCUAUAAGUAAAGAAGCUAAACGACUCAAAGAAAGUGGAGUUAAUAUUUUGAUAGCGCUCGGACACUCUGGAUUUGCGAUGGAUAAAAAGAUUGCCGCCGAAGUUGAGGACAUUGACCUUGUCAUAGGUGGUCACACGAACACAUUCUUAUUCCACGGAGAACAGCCGGACGUCGAAACACCGACAGGCUUAUAUCCCACGGCAGUCAAACAGAGCAGUGGCAGAACAGUUUAUGUUGUACAGGCGUAUGCCUAUACGAAAUACCUCGGCAAUCUUUCAGUCACCUUCGACUCUCAAGGUGAAUUGACACAUAUAGAAGGAAACCCGAUUCUUCUCGAUUCUAGCGUCGAACAGGCCACGGACAUACUCGAACACUUGGCCGAAUGGAGUGACGGUAUAGUAAAUCUGACUAAGACCGUCGUAGGAAGCACCCGCGUACUCCUUGACGGUGAUCAUUCUUGUCGUCGCGGAGAGUGCAAUUUAGGAAACCUUGUUACGGACGCCUUCGUCGAAUAUAAUGCGAGACAAUACACAGGCCCGGACGGGUGGACGGACGCAGCGAUUGCUGUCGUUAAUGGUGGAUCAAUCAGGACUUCUAUAUCACCGCUUAACGACAACCAGAUAACAAUGGCAGAUGUCCUCUCCGUGUUGCCAUUCGGAAACGUCGGCGUUACCGUCCCCAUGACAGGUGCGGAUAUCCUGAAGAUACUUGAAUGGAGCGUUUAUUCGCUGACUAAAAAUCCCACCGACGAUCUCAAGGGUUCUUUUCUACAACAUUCCGGUAUUCAGGUGCUUUACGACCUUGAACAGCCCUCUAACUCCAAGGUGGUUUCCGUUAAAGUUCGUUGUGCGAAUUGCACUGUGCCCGCCUUCAGUGAUCUGGAUAAAAACGCAACGUACAACGUUUUGGUAUCUGACUACAUUUACUCGGGAGGUGAUGGCUUUGAAUUUCCGCAAUCCGGCAAAACAACGAUGGAUGCGACCCUCGCUGACAUCGUUGUCGAUUAUCUCGGAAGGCAUAGUCCUGUUUAUCCUGCGGUUGAAUGGAGGAUUACUUUCCUUACGAAAGAAUCGGAGGAAGAACCACCAGCGGACGGUGGUGCAUCUUAUGCUACUUACUCGAUCGUCAUGAUCGUUCUGCCCUUAAUUUCAAGGAUUUUGACGUAGAUAGAAAUAGAGAGGCAAUUAGGUGAUAAGUAUUCAAGUUUUAUUGCGAGAGGUUUUUUUUUACCGCGUGACAAAAUGUUUCUUCAGUAUCAUAAAUGGUAGUUACGAUCGUCCUAUCAUUUUUCUUUUUUUUUUGUAAUUCCCAGUGCAGGAUCAAUAUUUAUUUAACGAUAUACCCCAUCGGUUGGUAGGAUAAUGAUCACUGCCGGUUUAUAUUACUUGCAAUAAGUUUUUUCAAUGCCACUUAUAUACCGAUAGGAUAAACACAAUUGUGGAAUGUAUUAGACACCUUAGGAAAUUUUGAAUUCAAAUCAUGAAACGCGUUUCACUUUUUUAAGAUAUAGAAACGAACUUUAAAUUUGACCACUGACUGACAGUAUUAAAAGAUGAAAUUCGUUUUAUGACAAAAUUGCUUUGGUACCUGCAGUUUUUGCGUACAAGCAAGGAAAGUUUUUGGUAACUUGUUACUUAAAAAGAAACUGUACAAUCAUUUCUAGAUCAACAUUUUCGUUCUGAACUCUGUAUCUAAAUUAACUUACUAACGUCUGUAAUACGUGACUAGCGAUUUUAUAUAAUAAAAACAAGCAGAAGAGGAAAAAUAGGAAAAGGCGUGGAAAUGAACAGAAAAGACAUUAUUGCAUAAAUUAUCGUUGUUUAAAUCUGCGAUAGAAAUCAUAGAAAAAUCGUAGAAAAUUCGAUUUGCUUUCUUGCGAGUUCCCACCCUUGCCUUAUCGCAUUUUUCUUCUUCAGCGCCGGUGAUGUUA